UUUCGAAAGGCAUUCCCGGAAGUCCAGCCUGUCUAUUAGCAGGGUAGCUAGCUUGAUGCUAGUGUGAAUAGCUCACGAUUACUUCUGAAGGACGGAAAGAAACGUAGUCACUGCUCGGAACACUUUUCCAUCUUUUCCACCGUCUCGGCGCGAUAAGACUAUAUUAGCAGUAGACAGUUGGUCAAACAAAAAAGCCUUUGGUCAUGUCGGGACAGAGGAAAGGAGCAGCAGCACGGCUGCUUAAAUGUGCCUUCUGCAGAGCCAACCGGGACAAGGAGUGCGGGCAGCUGCUAGUGUCUGACAGCCAGAAGGUGGCGGCCCACCAUAAGUGCAUGCUUUUCUCCUCGGCCCUGGUCACAUCCCACUCAGACAGCGACAACAUUGGAGGAUUUUCAAUUGAGGAUGUGAAAAAGGAGAUCAAGAGGGGGAAUAAAUUGAUGUGUACUUUAUGUCACCGGGCGGGUGCUACUAUCGGCUGUGAUGUGAAGACGUGCCGGAGGACGUAUCACUAUUACUGCGCUCUGAAGGACAAAGCCCAGAUCAAAGAGAAUCCCUCCCAAGGGAUUUACCUUGUUUACUGUCGCAAACACCGGGAUGCCUCUCAGGUUGGCAUUCAAGAUGAAGAGGGCGCUGUGGCCAGUGAUUCAGACUCCUCGCCGCCACAAAGUAGGGGCAGAGGAAGGUUCGAGAAGGGAAGGGCCAAGGUCGGAGCUCGUGGCCAAUCAGAAGACACCCGCUCCACUUCCUCACAGGCUGUAGACGAGGAGAGUUCCUCCCAUCGGGACAGGUCACCUCUUCGGGCCAGCCCGGCCGACAGCGGCCAGCGCUGUGGCUUCUGUCAUGCUGGUGAGGAAGAGAAUGAAACGAGAGGCAUGCUUCACACCGACAACUCCAAGAAAGUGGCGGCACACUACAGGUGCAUGCUUUUUUCAUCGGGGACGGUGCAGCUGACCACUACGUCACGGGCUGAAUUUGGAAACUUCGACGUAAAAACAGUCAUCCAGGAAAUCAAGAGAGGGAAAAGAAUGAAAUGCACACUCUGCACUCAGUUGGGUGCUACGAUUGGGUGUGAAAUCAAAGCGUGUGUGAAGACCUACCACUAUCACUGCGGCCUGCAGGACAAAGCCAAGUACAUUGAAAACAUGGCGCGUGGCAUCUACAAGCUAUACUGUAAGAAUCACAGUGGCAACGAGGAGAGGGAUGAAGAAGAUGAGGAACGUGAGAAUCGCAGUAGACUGAGGGCGGCGAACAACCUUGAAGGAACAGCUGUAACGCAAGUGAAUGGCAACUAGGUAUGCCUGUGGGAUGAAAACAGAAGAACGCUAAGACGAGGGAGACAUAUUUUUUAUAAUAAAUCUUAGCCUACUCACAAAGUGGUGGUCCACAAGCCCCCCACAAGUCCUUCACAUGUUUUUGUUUUUUUUCUCCAGUAAAUGGACAUGAUGUCCCAAUGUGCAACAGAUGUCUUCUUCAUGUGAAACCCUGUUUUGAGUUGACUGGAUGAGCUUUUCAAAGACUGGUGGUUCUCCGUAGAGCACUGGACCGCUGCAGGAUCAUAGAAAGCCAUGGCUAAUCUUACCCAAGACUCAGCAAUGGGCUCACAUUUCAAAAAGAUGUAUUAUUUCUGCGAAUAAGAGCCGAUGGACUGAUUUUCUGAUUGUCACUCGCUGCCCCUGUCCCCGCAGAUUACAUGACACACACUUGCUAAAAAGGAUGCAUUCUUGCUUUUCCUUUGCUUCUAAAGGACUCCCUUUUAAGAGGGGUCUGUUUGUUACUAGUCUCUCUAUCAAGUUGUGCAGUUUGAUUACCCUGUUUCUGUACUCAUGUCUUAAGAAUACUCUUUUCAUGUAAGCCUUUCUUUCUUGAUAUGUAAUAUUUUGCUACUGUAUUAUCAUCAUGGAUAAUUUUUUACUCUCUGGACAGUCCCAAUUACAAGUUUUGCCAGCAUGCUCUUGGAUUUUCCCACUGUUCAAGGUGGCAUUUUUUUAUUUAGCUACUAAAGGGCAAAGUAGAGCUCUUUAGAGGUGUUGGCUUGACUUUGUUUUGAUUUACUGUUGUAUCUCUACAAAUGUAUCCAUGAAUGAUUGGAAAUAGAAAAUAUUUUAUUUUACACAUUUA